CCACCAGCCAUGAGAGCUGUUGUGCUUGCCCUGACUCUGGCCCUUGUGGCGAGUCAUCAGAUUAACCUUGUUCCAGAGUUUGCUGCAGGUAAGACCUUUGUGUACAAGUAUGAGGGUUUGCUCUUGGGAGGUCUGCCUCAGGAGGGUCUGGCCAAGGCUGGUGUAAAAGUCAGCAGCAAGGUUCACAUCAGUGCUGUAGCACAGAAUACCUUCCUCAUGAAGCUCUUGAACCCUCAGCUCUUCGAGUACACUGGUAUCUGGCCUCAGGAUGCUUUUAAACCUGCUACAAAGCUCACCUCAGCACUAAAUGCUCAGCUUGUCAUUCCCAUCAAAUAUGAGUAUGCUAACGGUGUGGUAGGUAAAAUAUUUGCCCCUGCUAGAGUCUCUGCUACUGUUCUGAAUCUGCACAGAGGUAUCCUCAACAUCCUUCAGCUCAACCUCAAGAACACACAGAAUGUGUAUGAGCUGCAUGAGGCUGGAACUCAGGGAGUCUGCAAGACCCACUACAUGAUCAGUGAGGAUGUAAAGACCCAUCAGAUUACUGUGAGAAAGUCCAAAGACCUGACCAACUGCCAUGAAAGAGUUAUGAAAGAUAUUGGUUUAGCUUACACUGAAACCUGUGAUGAAUGCCAGCAGAGGCUUAAGAGUCUGUCUGGGACUGCAACAUUCAGGUACAUCAUGAAGCCCACUGAUACAGGAGCUCUGGUCUCUGAGGCUACAGUUGAAGAGGUUCAUCAGUUCUCACUCUUAAACACACAAACUGGAGCAGCUCAAAUGAGAACCAAGCAAAUGCUGACUUUACAGGAAGUGCAGAACGCCCCCAUUGCUCCCCAUUCAGGUGAAUACUUGAGCCGUGGAUCCCUGCGGUAUGAAUUUGCUACUGAGAUUCUUCAAACCCCCAUUCAACUUCUGAAGAUCAAUAAUGCACAGGCCCAGAUUGUAGAGGUCUUGCAGCAUCUGGUUACAAAUAACAUGGUUAUGGCUCAUGAGGACGCUCCUCUGAAGUUUGUCCAACUUGUCCAGCUCAUGCGUGUAGCUACUUUGGAGAAUAUUGAAGCCAUCUGGGCUCAGUACAAGACCAAACCUCUUCACAGGCGGUGGAUUUUGGAUGCACUUCCUGUUGUGGGUACAACAGUAGCUUUGAGAUUCAUCAAGGAGAAGUUUCAAGCUGAUGAGUUUGCUGUCCAUGAAUUCACUCAGACCCUUCUGGUUGCUUUGCACAUGGCCACCGCUAAUCAAGAUGCUAUCCACCUCACUGCUAAUCUGGCUUCAAACCCCAAAGUCAAGAAAAAUCCAGUGCUGCGUAAAGUUAUCAUGCUCGGCUAUGGUUCCAUGAUUGCCAAAUACUGUGCUGAAGUACCUACAUGUCCUGCUGAUCUUCUUAAGCCAAUCCAUGAAAGUGCUGCUGAGGCUAUUUCCAAGGGUGAUCACCGUGAACUCACACUGGCUCUUAAAGUUAUGGGCAAUGCUGGACAUCCUGCCAGCCUUAAAACCAUCAUGAAACUCCUGCCUGGAUUUGGAAACGCUGCUGCUGCCGUUUCCCUGAGGGUCCAGAUUGAUGCCAUCCUGGCUCUUAGGAACAUUGCCAAGAAGGAACCAAAGAUGGUUCAGCCAGUGGCACUGCAACUUUUCAUGGACAAGGCUCUCCAUCCUGAACUGCGCAUGGUUGCUUGUAUUGUGCUCUUCGAGACCAAACCAUCAGUAGCCCUAAUGGCCACACUUGGUGGUGCUUUGGAGAAGGAGACCAACAUGCAUGUUGUCAGUUUUGUUUAUUCUCAUAUCAAGUCUCUGACCAGAAGCAUGGCUCCUGAUUAUAUGCAUGUGGCUGCUGCAGCAAAUGUUGCCUUCAGGAUGUUGAGCCCCAAACUGGACAGACUGAGUCACCAUUUUAGCAGAGCCAUCCAUUACGAUCUCUACAUCUCUCCUUUCAUGGUUGGUGCUGCUGGUAGCGCUUACUUGAUCAAUGAUGCUGCCACCACCUUGCCCAGAGCUGUUGUGACUAGAGCACGGGCCUACCUGGCUGGAGCUGCUGCUGAUGUUCUUGAGGUUGGUGUGAGAACUGAAGGACUCCACGAAGCUCUGCAGAAGUCUCAUGCUGUAAAUGAAAAUGCUGACCGCAUCACUAAUAUAAAGCGCACCAUUAAAGCUCUGAGGGAUUGGAAGUCUAUGCCAGAAAAUCAACAACUAGCUUCCAUCUAUGUCAAAGUUUUUGGACAGGAAAUUGCUUUUGCCAACAUUGACAAAGCCUUCAUUGACAAAAUGAUCAUUGAACAAGCAACACAGCUUGCCACUGGACCACAAGGUCGUGAACUGCUGAAAGAGGCUGUUAAGGCGUUGCAGAAAGGUAUUGCCUUCCAGUAUGCCAAGCCCCUGCUGGCAGCUGAGGUGCGUCGUAUUCUGCCUAGUUCUCUUGGUGUACCAAUGGAGCUUGGUUAUUACACUGCUGCUGUUGCUACUGCAGCUCUCAAUGUUCAGGGAACUAUUACUCCUUCUUUACCUGAGGAUCCAGAGACACUCUCUCUUGAUCAGUUGAUGAAGACUGAUUUCCAGUUGCAGGCUGAGGCCAGACCAAGCGUUGCCCUCCAGACAUUUGCUGUAAUUGGAGUGAACACUGCCUUGAUUCAGGCUGCUGUUAUGGCCAGAGGAAAGAUACAAACUGUUAUACCAUCAAAAGUGGACAUAAGAGCGGACCUUCCAAAGGGCAAUGUAAAGCUGGAGGUUCUGCCUGCUGCUGUUCCUGAUCAAAUUGCUGCUGUCAGCUUUGAGACCGUUGCUGUGUCCAGAAACACUGAGGACCUCCCCAAUGAGAGAGUCAUGUCUCUGGCUCCUCCAGCAUCCUCUGAUGCUGCACAAUGGUUGAUUCCUGCUUCAUUUCAGAAGACCUUGUGUGGUGUUUGUCCUUAUAUUCAAAUCAAAGGAUGUGUUGAGAUUGCCUCCCAGAAUGCUGGCUUUAUGGCAUCAAAUCCUCUGUAUUAUAUUAUUGGACAACACUCAGCUAAAAUUUCAGUGGCAAGAGGUGAUGGUCCUGCCCUUGAAAGACUGGAGCUUGAGGUACAAGUUGGCCCUAAGGCAGCUGAGAAGCUUAUGAAAGAAAUCAGCCUUGUUGAUGUUGAAAAUCCUGAAGAAAGUACCAUCCUGUUGAAACUGAGAGAAAUUCUGGAGGGUGGACAGAGGAAUAGCAGCUCCAGCUCAAAGAGCUCCUCAUCCUCUGGCAGCAGCAGCAAGAGUGUUAGCAACAGUAGGAGUAGCAGCAGCAGUAGGAGUAGCAGGAACAGCAGGCGUACUAGCAGCAGUAGGAGUUCUAAGAGCAGCUCUAUGAGUUCUUCCAGUGCUCGGGUGUCCAAGAACACAAAUGCAUAUCAUCAGUUCCAGAAAUUCCAUAAGGAUCGGUACAUCACAUCACAGGGAACAUCAAAGGCCAGCAGCUCAUCUAGCAUUGAGACUCUACAGAGAAAGUCUAAGAUACUCGGAGAUGAAUUUCCACCCUUUUUUGCCAUCAUCGCUCGUGUCGUUAGAGCUGACCGCAAGCUGGGAUACCAGAUUGCUGCUUACUUGGACAAGCCCACUUCAAGAGUACAGGUUGUGUUUGCCUCCAUCUCUGAACAUGACAAAUGGAAGAUUUGUGCUGAUGCUAUUCUACCAAGCAAGCAUAAAUUUGCUGCCAAGCUUGCUAUUGGUGAGCAGUGCCAAGGAUAUUCUGUAGCUUUCAAGGCUGAAACUGGUCUGCAUGAGACACAUCCUGCUGCUCGUUUGGAAUGGGACUGGAACAGAGCCCCAUCUGUUGAUAUCCCCUAUGUUAAGAGGGCAAGGGAGUUCAUCUUUAAUGUAGCUCCCCUUGCUGGAAUUAAUGCUGACAGAGCUGAUAACAAAGAGAGACAGAUCAAUGUAAUUCUUGCCCUACCCACUCAAAAGUCUCUAAACAUUAUUUUUAGGAUUCCAAAGAUGACACUGUCAAAGCAAGAUGUGCCUCUUCCUAUUGCCCUGCCCAUUGAACAAGAUGGAUCCAUUCCAGGUCUCCAGAAUUUUGACAUUCAAGCCAUUGUUGAGGAAUGGCUGAAUAAUAACAGAGAAAACUGACUCAUUUCAUUAUAAGUAUGUAAAUUAAUUAAAUCAAAUAAACAGCAUCCA